CACAACAGUCGAAGAAAAUCGCAACCACAUCACGUUCGCGUUCGGUCUUCCGAAAAAUUUUCGACGGGAUUACUGUGCACGCCCGUUAACGUGUCGCACACAUCGUCUUGAUCGUUUCGCACGAGGUUUAGUUCGGAGUAUCGCAAAAUUCGCAGCACCGUGUCGCCACAUCAAUGUACCGUAGAUAUUUGGAAAAUCAUCGUCGCGUGCUCGUCUACCUGCCCCGGUUGCUACCGUAGCCCUAUAGAGUCCCGUCGCCGAGCCCCGGCCACCAUGCGUAGCUCGUGACGUUAGCUCAGCGGCUUAUUGCGCUCUCGGACUCCAACCGUCGUCCGGGUCCUUCGUACCCCGUACCUGUACACACCGCUACGAAAUCACAAGAUAUUUGAAUUGCAUGAUGGUUUGCAGAUAUAAAAGAAAUGAAAAUCACUGGAACCAUUUUAAUCGAUUUUUAUGUAUCAUUAUCAUAUUGACGCACGGGAACCUGGCGGCCGCGCAAGCGGACAGGAACGACUGCGGCGGCAAAACGUACAGCACGUGCACCGGGUGCGUGAGCGACGCGACCGUGCCGAAGUACCAGUGGUCCGUCUGGACGCAAACGUGCACCGCGGUCAAACCGAACGCGAAGCAGCGGGGCAAGACGGUCGUGGACCAGUCGUCUUGCCCGAGGUUUUCGGUGGACUGGCGGCCCGGCGGCGGCGGCGAGACGACGAUCGCGAUCUCCAACGACCAGACGGAUUUCGUCGGGUCGCUGAAGAAGAUGUCCAGCCAGGUGCGGUGCCGGUUGGACUCGACCAGUUACGCGGCCGAGGUCACCGACGACGGCCGGAUCAGGUGCGCGCUGGACGCGCCGCCGGUCGGCGAGGGCGGCCGCCACGACGAGGUCGCGGAGUCCAAGAAGUCGAUGGUGCACCUGUCGGUCGUGUUCGCCAGCAACAGGACGCUGCGGUUCGACAACGCGACCGACCACUACCAGCACCGGAACGGGACGCCGGUCGCGUCUUGCUCGCGGUGCCACUGGAACGACGACGGAUACGCGUACUACUGCAUCUGGUGCGGCAGCACAACACCGCCGUUCCAGUACUGCGACAGACGAAAGUACCCCGAGCUCACGUACUCGGCGUUGGACGAGUCCGUGAGGUUCGUCGGCGACCAGUGCGCGCCGGUCAAGAUCGAAUCGUUCGCGCCGACCGGCGGCAAGUGGGCCGGUGGCACCGUGUUGGAAAUCGUGGUCCGCAACCACGAGACGUUGCUCAGAACAAACAUGCAGAGUGCCGGUGUGAACGUUAAGUUGGUCGUCAGAGUGGCCGGUCGUAAAUGCGACACGUCGAAAAACGUAUCCAACAGGAAAACAAUAACGUGCACCCUGUCUCAGCCGAGGGCAUCGGAUUCCGAGGUCUACAGCGGGCCCGUGGAAGUUACGUACUUAGGGUUGCUCGAUAUUAAACUGGUCUCUACCCAGAACUUCAGUUUCUCUGAUUACGUUACAUCAUCAUCGCCGUCGUACUCGUUAUCAGAUCAGUCGUACCCAUCAACGACACCCCUGUCUUCGACUCCAUUUACACCGCCUCCGACGACACUGCCUCCGACCACACCGCCUCCGACCACACCGCCUCCGACGACAUCGCUUCCGACGACACCGCCUCCGACGACACCGCCUCCGACGACACCGCCUCCGACCACACCGCCUCCGACCACACCGCCUCCGACCACACCACCUCCGACAACACCGCCUCCGACCACACCGCCUCCGACCACACCGCCUCCGUCAUCGAACCUGUCGCCACUUCCGGCAUCAACUUCGUCACUACUUCCUUCAACAACCCCGUUACUACCUCCAGCAUCAACUUCAUUGCCGCCUCCUUCACAAACCCAUUUAUUACCUCAGUCAUCGACCUUAGCACCAUCCUCGUCCCCAAUAUCAGUGUCUACCACAAAGUUUCCAGAGAAAGUCAACACAACGGAAGAGGCGUUCAACAUUAAUUUCACCCUUUCUAGAACCGCGCCCGUCCUUUCAACCGUCGUCACUAUCGUGAUGUACGUGUUAUUCAUAAUGGUCUUGUGCGUAGCCCUAUUAUGUCUAAAGAGUCCACGGACAUACGAUCUUUUGACUUUCCGUUUACGCCAGCGGCCCAUGGAGAUGCGACGACUGGAUGAAGACCAGCAGUUGACGCUAAGUGUUGUCGACUUCAACGAGCAUGGCUUGCGAUGAGCCUGCAGAACCUGCGGCGUCAAACAAGAACCAAUCCGUAUAGCGAUAAAGCGAUUAGAUUUUAUCGUUAUUUGUAAUACUAUCUAACAUGUAACCCUUAUUUUGAUUGCUACUAUAUUUCGUCUACUGUAUUUAUUUUGUCAAUUAGUGUUAUUUUUAUUAUAAAAUUAUCACUUUUUUUUUGUACAGUAUACAUUUAAGUUCUUACAGGUAUACAGUAAUAAUUUGUGUAUUUCGAUUUAAUAUUUAUGUUAAUGCAUAUUUUUUCACAUUUUUGUUUGUACUUUUUUUAUGAUAAGUAGGUUAGAACUAAUGUAUAUAAGCCAUAUGCCUAAAUUAUUGAAAUCACCUCUAACAAUCCAAUAUUUUUAAUGUAAAACUCAUCUAUAACAAUGUCGGUAUAA